AUGGACCAGCGUUGUGAAGAAAUGAGAAUAACAACUGGUUUGGAGAUUAAAUAUAACGAUGGACUAUCACAGAAAAUUUGUUGCAAAUGUCUGAAAAUGAUUGACAAGGUAUUGGAGUUCCAGCAAAAAAGUUUUGAAGCGCAAAAAUAUCUCUUCAUGAAACGGUGUGGGAGCGCAUAUAUACCAGAAGGCUACGUACAGUGUAGCGUAAAACUCGAGAACAAUUUGAAUAUUGAAAUGCAAGAGAAUAAGGAUUCAGUAUUCAAACUUGAUGACAUCAAGGACAGUUCUUCGGAUGAAUCGGAUUAUGUUUCAACGAUACAAGAAGAGACACUACCAGCUCCUGAGGAACAGCAUACAAUCUCUGAUGUUCCGGAACUUUCAUCUUAUACUUGUAAGAUAUGCAACAAGGCGUUUGAAAAGCACCUUCAAUACAAGGCACAUUUGAAGAUACACAAUAAGGCAAUUAUAUGUGAGCAUUGUGGGAGGGGUUUUGUGUCCAAUUGGGCAUAUGUCUGCCACAAACAAGCAAAGCAUGGUGACGAGAAGAUGUUCAAAUGUUCACAUUGUAAAGCUACGUUCGCGUAUAACGAAGCACUUAAGGUACACGAACGACGACACACCGGCGAGCGGCCUUACAUUUGUGACCACUGUGGCAAAAGUUUCUUCCGCAGAUCAACGUUCGUUCAGCACUUGGGUGUUCACGAACCCUAUUCCGUCCAGUGCGACCUAUGCCCCACCAUAUUAAAGUCGAAACAGUUCCUUCUAUCGCACAAAAAUAAGGUCCAUUCGGGUAGACGAUAUAGAUAUAUAUGCCCGCUGUGCGAUAGACAAUUUGAGAAGCCAUCGAAGGUGCGGCAUCAUGCGAGAUCAGUUCAUAAUGUCGCCGACGAAGAAUUGGGGACCAUAGUCAGGAUUAACACUUUUAAUACCGGAUGA